AUGGCACACUGCCCCAAAAACGAAUACUUUGAUAAUUUGCUGAUGUCUUGUAAGCCUUGUCAUCUUCGAUGUUCUAGUACACCACCGCCUUCGUGUGAAAACUCCUGCCAUAAAAGGACUGAUUCAAAUGGAGUUCUUUGGAUUUGUUUGGGCUUAGGAGUAGUUCUAAUGCUCACUCUGUUCACCGUAAUGAUCUUGUAUAAAUGGAAGCACCUAAAGCAACUAAAAGUGAAAACCACAGACUCUUCUGUGGAGCAGAAUAAUAUUGUCAAGGCUAAUACUGAAAGCAGUGUGAACGGAAAAGGAAUUGGGCACUCACUUCAAAGUAAAAAAAUAAUGUAUUCGGUAGAAGAAUGCACCUGCAGUGACUGUGGCUUGGUAACACCUCAGACUGGCUGCGAAACUUCCUUUCCAUUACCAGCUACAGAAGAAGGAGCUACUGUUCUAGUUACCACAAAAACUUUUGAUUAUUGCAACUAUAUUUUGGGUGCCAG